AUGUCUGAUUUCACACCCAUAUCGAGCGAAUCACUCAACAUUUUGGCUAACAAAGACGUAACCACAGUAUAUGAAAUUAAACAUCGUUCUGAACCAAUUAAUGAUGCAAAAGAACCUUCUAUCUGCAAUGAAAACGAAAAUGAAUAUGAGCCUAUUAAAGCUUAUCUGAUAUUUCACAAUCCAUAUCACAUAGAGGAAGACGUAACCACAGCAUAUGAAACUAAACAUCGUUCUGAACCAGUUGAUGAUGCAAAGAAUCUUUACAUCUACAAUGAAAAACGAAAACUUUCAUCUGCAAUAAAACGGAAUGAAUGUGAGCCUAAUGAAAGCAUAUCUGAUAUUUCACAACCCAUAUCACAUAGAGAAUUGAGCAACAUUUUGGCUAACAAGGAAGACGUAAGAACAGUAUAUGAAACUAAACAUCAUUCUGAACCAGUUGGUGAUGCAAAAGAAAUUUUCACAUCUACAAUGAAAAACGGAAAUGAAUGUGAGCCUAUUGAAAGCAUAUCUGAUAUUUCACAACCCAUAUCACAUAGAGAAUUGAGUAACAUUUUGGCUAACAAGGAAGACGUAACCACAAUAUAUGAAACUAAACAUCGUUCUGAAUCAAUUAAUGAUGCAAAAGAAGCUUUCAUGUCUGCAAUGAAAAACGGAAAUGAAUGUAAAACUAUUGUAAGUUUAUCUGAUAUUUCACAACCCAUAUCACAAAGAGAAUCGCAUAAUAUUUUGCGUAACAAGAAAGACGUAACACUAUAUGAAACUAAAAACCAUAUUGAACCAAUUGCUGAUGCAAAAGAAACUUUCACUUCUGCAAUGAAAAACGGAAAUGAAUGUGAGCCUAUUGUAAGCUUAUCUGAUAUUUCACAACCCAUAUCACAGGGAGAAUUGAUUAAGAUUUUGGCUAACAAGGAAAAAGUAACCACAGUAUAUGAAAUUAAACAUCGUUCUGAACCAAUUAAUGAUGCAAAAGAAGUUUUCUCAUCUGCAAUGAAAAGCGGAAAUGAAUGUGAGCCUAAUGAAAGCAUAUCUGAUAUUUUACAACCCAUAUCACAAAAAGAAUUGAGUAACAUUUUGGCAAACAAGGAAGACGUAAACACAGUAUAUGUAACUAAAUAUCAUUCUGAACCAGUUGAUGAUGCAAAAGAAAUUUUCACAUCUGCAAUGAAAAACGGAAAUGUUUGUGAUCCUGCAAAUAGCAUAAAUUAUAUUUCACAACCCAUAUCACAGAAAGAAUCGCAUAAUAAUUUGGCUAACAAGGAAGACGGAACCACAGUAUGUGAAAGUACAAGUAAUUGUGAACCAAAUGAUGAUGUAAAAGAGGGUUUUGCAUUUACACUAAAGAGCGAAAUAGAAGGAGAGCUCUUCGAUGAUACAUUUCACGAGACAUGUGAAAGAAAAUCUGUAGGAUUGGAAGCAGUCGCUACUUCGCACGAACAAGCUGAUUAUAGUUUAAAUAAAAACAAUGUUUUACUAAAGUCGGAUGAACGUUCCAAUCGUAAAAAAAAUGUCAUACAAUAUAAUGAUAAGAAAAAGUCAAAACUCAAAAACAAGGAUAAUGUUGCUAUAAAAGCAUACGAUAUUGAGAGGCCUGUGAAUGCGCGUUUUGCUGAGAUUCACUUAAAGUCUUUUAGAAGUGAUAAUACUAUACCAUGGUAUAUCAACGACGUCUUCUUUGAACAAUUUUGGCAUUGCGAAGAUAGUAAUAAAAAAAGUACAAACGACAUGGAGUCAAUAUUUGGAAGCCGACAGAAAAGUAGUAUAUUACUAGCUAAUCAAGUAAUUGGAGAUGAUUGUGAAGAAACUGCUGUUUCAGAUGAACGUAUUUUUGAAAAAGAUUCUUUAGAGACCUAUUCAUCGAAAGAGACCGACUUAGACGAAGACUCAUUAGAAAUAAAUUCAUUAAUAGAACAUAAAUCUUCAGAGAUACUGAAGAACAACGCAGAAGAAAGGAUGGCUACAUAUCUUUAUGGAGUUCAUAUUCCACCCAAAAAUGUUAUUCAAACACCGACACCUUAUAAGAAGUCAACUGCUUUUAUCAUUCCAUUUGGUCCAGACAAGCCUAAUUAUUUUUGUAGCAACACCAAUAGUGAAGAUAAUUUCUUGAACAAUUCUAAUUAUACACAAUCUCCCAAACAGUUAUUCGAAAACAUUGAAAAGUUAAACACUCACAAUGUAAUUAAAAACGAUAGAAAACACUCAACUCAAUCAACUGAAAAAGAUGAAGCUAAAGAUUUGCACUCAUUUUAUAAACCUAUGCCGACACUACAGGAUAUCGUACGCUUGUAUUUGUCCAACACGAAUAAACCAACAAUUUCGUAUAAAUCAAAUUCGGCCAAAAAGAGACAAACUGAUUUACUUACAUCUGAGAUAAGAUUACAUCAAGAAAUGCAUAUUCAAGAUGGCGUAUACGAAAAGCCCAUAAUCGAAAAAUAUAUUGGCAACGCACUGCAUACAAUUCUUAAUGAGGGUGUCAUUAAUGAGCAGAAAGGAAAUUGCAAUCCUUGUGAUGGAUCUCAUCCUACAAAAAAUAGCAAAAUAAAAUGGUUCGUGGGAACAGAACCAAUUGAAACAUCGGUGGAGUUAUAUCAGGAUAAUACACCUACAGAUUUUAAUGGUUUUGUUAACAACCAAUCUAUUUCCACUAAUAUCACAGUCGAAGUAUCACAAAUAGAAGUUUACCAAAAUUCUAAUCACGGUUUUAGAGAAGUGAAUCGGAAUACAGACAGGAGAAAAAGCUGCAAAUAGUUUCACCAAAUACCAACGUUUAACAAAACUGAGGACAGCUUUUGCUUUCAAGGCCAU